UCUCAUUAAGUCCCUCCCUGGUGUAAAAUCCAGUGAAUCAGUGGUCAGUGCUAAAAUGGAAAGAGAACAAGGGAGAAAGAGGCAGGCAGGCAGCAUUAUUGAAUCAACUAUGCGUUUAGAACUAGUAAACUGUUGAUUGUAAUUGAUAAUCACUGGGAUUAGUUAUUGUCCCCCUAGCUACCAGCAGUGAACAUUAUGUAGGGUAUUUGAAAUGUUGCUCGCCUGCCAAGAACCUUUGUUAGCAGCGACUAAUGAAAAGAAAAUGGGGAUGGGGAAAAGGCAGUAUUCUAAAACAGGCCAUCAUCCUUAUAUCAUUGUGAGGUGGUGGUACGGCAUGGUGUCUGUGGUACGGCAUGGUGUCUGUGGUACGGCAUGGUGAAUCAACAGUGCCGUCUCGUGGCAGCUGCUAGUACUGCUGAUUCUGAUGACGUGUGGGAAACGAAAUAAUCAAAGACAUUUAUGGAAUAGUGAUGUUAAGAUUGAUGUAGUAAGAGCUGUAUAUAGAGAUAUGGUGAUAUAGAGAUACAUUGGUUCUGGGUGUAACACACAGUUCGGUGUGUAAUAUUACAGCUACUGUACACUUCUAUUUCAUCCAGGUCUAUAGUGUUUCAUGUCCAUAGGACUAAGAUAUGUAGGCUACUGUCAGUUAUCCUCACUUGGGCUUCUAGUUUAUUCUAUUCUAUACUGUCAAUUAUCCUCACUGGGGCUUCUAGUCUAUUCUAUUCUAUACUGUCAGUUAUCCUCACUGGGGCUUCUAGUCUAUUCUAUACUAUACUGUCAGUUAUCCUCACUGGGGCUUCUAGUCUAUUCUAUACUGUCAGUUAUCCUCACUGGGGCUUCUAGUCUAUUCUAUUCUAUACUGUCAGUUAUCCUCACUGGGGCUUCUAGUCUAUUCUAUACUGUCAAUUAUCCUCACUUGGGCUUCUAGUCUAUUCUAUACUGUCAAUUAUCCUCACUGGGGCUUCUAGUCUAUUCUAUUCUAUACUGUCAGUUAUCCUCACUGGGGCUUCUAGUCUAUUCUAUUCUAUGCUGUCAGUUAUCCUCACUGGGGCUUCUAGUCUAUUCUAUACUAUACUGUCAGUUAUCCUCACUGGGGCUUCUAGUCUAUUCUAUACUGUCAGUUAUCCUCACUGGGGCUUCUAGUCUAUUCUAUUCUAUACUGUGAAUUAUCCUCACUGGGGCUUCUAGUCUAUUCUAUACUGUCAAUUAUCCUCACUGGGGCUUCUAGUCUAUUCUAUUCUAUACUGUCAGUUAUCCUCACUGGGGCUUCUAGUCUAUUCUAUUCUAUACUGUCAGUUAUCCUCACUGGGGCUUCUAGUCUAUUCUAUUCUAUACUGUCAGUUAUCCUCACUGGGGCUUCUAGUUUAUUCUAUUCUAUACUGUCAGUUAUCUUCACUGGGGCUUCUAGUCUUUUCUAUUCUAUGCUGUCAGUUAUCCUUACUGGAGUUUCCUAAUCUAUUCUAUUGUAUACUGUCAGUUAUCCUCACUAGGGUUUCCUAGUCUAUUCUAGUCUAUUCUAUUCUUCUACCUUGUGCCAUUAUGUUGGUGAGCAAUUGUAAUGUUGUUGCAUUUCUGCCUCAUAUUUGUUGGUGAGUAACAGAACUAUAUGUCCCUUGAUGGUGAAUAACAUAACUAGGUGUUACUUGAUGGUGAGUAACAGAACUAGAUGUUACUUGAUGGUGAAUAACAGAACUAGAUGUCCCUUGAUGGUGAAUAACAGAACUAGAUGUCCCUUGAUGGUGAAUAACAGAACUAGAUGUUCCUUGAUGGUGAAUAACAGAACUAUAUGUCCCUUGAUGGUGAGUAACAGAACUAUAUGUCCCUUGAUGGUGAGUAACAGAACUAUAUGUCCCUUGAUGGUGAGUAACAGAACUAUAUGCCCCUUGAUGGUGAAUAACAGAACUAGAUGUUCCUUGAUGGUGAAUAACAGAACUAGAUGUUACUUGAUGGUGAAUAACAGAACUAUAUGUUCCUUGAUGGUGAGUAACAGAACUAGAUGUUACUUGAUGGUGAAUAACAGAACUAGAUGUUACUUGAUGGUGAAUAACAGAACUAGAUGUUACUUGAUGGUGAAUAACAGAACUAUAUGUUCCUUGAUGGUGAGUAACAGAACUAGAUGUUACUUGAUGGUGAAUAACAGAACUUGAUGUUACUUGAUGGUGAAUAACAGAACUAUAUGUCCCUUGAUGGUGAAUAACAGAACUAGAUGUUACUUGAUGGUGAAUAACAGAACUAGAUGUUACUUGAUGGUGAGUAACAGAACUAUAUGUCCCUUGAUGGUGAAUAACAGAACUAUAUGUCCCUUGAUGGUGAAUAACAGAACUAGAUGUUACUUGAUGGUGAAUAACAGAACUAGAUGUUACUUGAUGGUGAAUAACAGAACUAUAUGUCCCUUGAUGGUGAAUAACAGAACUAGAUGUUACUUGAUGGUGAAUAACAGAACUAGAUGUUACUUGAUGGUGAAUAACAGAACUAUAUGUUACUUGAUGGUGAAUAACAUAAGUAUAUGUCCCUUGAUGGUGAGUAACAGAACUAUAUGUCCCUUGAUGGUGAGUAACAGAAAUAUAUAUCCCUUGAUGGUGAGUAACAGAAAUAUAUAUCCCUUGAUGGUGAGUAACAGAACUAUAUGUCCCUUGAUGGUGAGUAACAGAAAUAUAUAUCCCUUGAUGGUGAAUAACAGAACUAUAUGUCCCUUGAUGGUGAAUAACAGAACUAUAUGUCCCUUGAUGGUGAAUAACAGAACUAUAUGUCCCUUGAUGGUGAAUAACAGAACUGUAUGUCCCUUGAUGGUGAGUAACAGAAAUAUAUGUCCCUUGAUGGUGAAUAACAGAACUAUAUGUCCCUUGAUGGUGAGUAACAGAACUAUAUGUCCCUUGAUGGUGAGUAACAGACAUAUAUGUCCCUUGAUGGUGAAUAACAUAACUAUAUGUCCCUUGAUGGUGAGCAACAGAACUAUAUGUCCCUUGAUGGUGAGCAACAGAACUAUAUUGUUCUUGAUGGUGAGUAACAGAACUAUAUGCCCCUUGAUGUUGAGUAACAGAACUAUAUGUCCCUUGAUGGUGAGUAACAGAACUAUAUGUCCCUUGAUGGUGAAUAACAGAACUAUAUGUCCCUUGAUGGUGAAUAACAGAACUAUAUGUUCCUUGAUGGUGAGCAACAGAACUAUAUGUCCCUUGAUGGUGAAUAACAGAACUAUAUGUCCCUUGAUGGUGAGUAACAGAACUAUAUGUCCCUUGAUGGUGAGUAACAGAAAUAUAUGUCCCUUGAUGGUGAAUAACAUAACUAUAUGUCCCUUGAUUGUGAGUAACAGAACUAUAUGUCCCUUGAUGGUGGGUAACAGACAUAUAUGUCCCUUGAUGGUGAAUAACAUAACUAUAUGUCCCUUGAUGGUGAGCAACAGAACUAUAUGUCCCUUGAUGGUGAGCAACAGAACUAUAUUGUUCUUGAUGGUGAGUAACAGAACUAUAUGUCCCUUGAUGUUGAGUAACAGAACUAUAUGUCCCUUGAUGGUGAGUAACAGAACUAUAUGUCCCUUGAUGUUGAGUAACAUAACUAUAUAUCCCUUGAUGGUGAGUAACAGAACUAUAUGUCCCUUGAUGGUGAAUAACAGAACUAUAUGUCCCUUGAUGGUGAAUAACAGAACUAUAUGUCCCUUGAUGGUGAGCAACAGAACUAUAUGUCCCUUGAUGGUGAGCAACAGAACUAUAAUUUUCUUGAUGGUGAGUAACAGAACUAUAUUUGUCUUGAUGGUGAGUAACAAAACGAUAUGUUCCUUGAUGGUGAGCAACGAACUGUAACAGUUUGUAUAUUGCUUUUUAUUUUCCUCUGUAGCCAUCAACAUCACCCGGGCCAGGUUCAGUGGGAAUGAUGAGUUUGGGUACACCUCGUUCAUAGCAUACUCCUCCAUCCCCAGUCUCAGUGUCUACUACGAGUUCCAACUGAAACUAACGUUCGCCGACAGCGUCUCAGCGCUGAAGGACAACCUCAUCCUCUUCUCUGGACAGAAAGGACAGGGCAUUGAUGGAGAUGACUUCUUAGUUCUGGGGGUUCGGAAUGGCAGAAUUGUUCACAAGUUCAACCUUGGAUCUGGUGUGGGAACCAUGGUCAGCGACCGGCUGAACCGUGAGAUCGAUAUCCACACUGUGAACUUUGGCAGAUCUCGGAGAACAGGAUGGUUAAAGGUGGACAGACAGAGAAACAGGACAGGCUCUUCUCCAGGCCACCUGGCAGGUCUCAACGCGCUAAGCCAAGUCUUUGUAGGAGGAUAUAAUGAAUAUACUCCUGAACUACUGCCCCUCGGAUCCAGGUUUCGCAAUGGCU